AUGACUUUAAAGCCCAAAGAGGAACAAUACCAGAAACCACAGAUAACAAAAUCACAUUACAGCAUUACCGGCAAAAAGAUUAAAAACGGCCUUCAUAAUCCGGAAAUUUCGAAGACAAAAAACGAUUUGACUUGGGAUGUACUGAGGAGCAGGACCCAGAAAUACAAUAGUACAAUGCCCAAUAUUUCAUUUAAAAGAAUAUCUUGUGAUGUAACCACUGAUAUUAUUCAUCGCGGAAUCCAGCAAUUUACACAAUCAAAUGCAGCCGAUUUUGUCAAAGCUAACAGUAUCCGCCCACCGUACAACUGUUAA